AAUGGAAAAUGAGAGAAUUUAAAUGUACACUCACAUCUUCCUCCUCCUGCCUGCUCAGACCAUUUCACUUCCCUGUGUUCUCAUGCAGCGGCGGAUUAGAGGCUCGUUGCUGCCCUGGAAAGAUGGUGGGACUGAGAAACUGCUCUACAUGGGAACCAUUGCUCCUCAAGGCCUCCUGCAUCAAGUCCUGUGCCAACGGCUGCUCCCUGGGCAUCACUGCACACCUAACCUAUGCUAAUGCUGACACAGAGUCUGUAGAAGGAGUCUUUGUGUACCCUCUGGGGGAGAAGGAGGUUGUGGUCGGCUUCGAGGCUGUGAUUGCGGGCCGCUUGGUGGGGGUCCAGAUACAGAGCCGAGGGAAGCUGAAGGACUGUGGUUUGGAUUGCUGCCCUGGAUCUGUUCUUGAAGGCAACUGUGGGAAUGGCCGGGAGUGGGGCUGCUGUGGGAGCUCCAGCCUCGACAUGCAAUGCACCAAUGGACAUCUCAUCCUGGACGAAGACCUUGAAAGAACCACCUUCAUCGUGGGCACAGGCGUCAUUGGCCCCAUGGAUAUAGUGUCGGUUAUCAUACGUACCACACUAGAACUCUCCACGUUAGAAAAUGGAGCAAUCAGCAUUGUCUACCCCACAUUGCUGACGCCAAUCGUCACUGGCCAGAUGACUCCAAGCAAGAGUGAAAAUGGGAGGAAAUUUGAAGAAACUGGAUCAACCAGCUGUUUUGGUGCCACCUCAGCAAAACAAGACCGGGCCCUGGGCUCUAAACAGCAGUGUGCCUAUGCCAUCUUCACCAGUCCAGCUGCUAACCUGGCACCUUAUGAACUAAACUUCCAGCUACUGGUCAGAGGGGCCUGCCUACUGGCCGGCCUGGAGAGCCCCACUCACGCUCUGAGGGCAGAUGCAGACCCCAGUGCCCAAAGUGCCUCUGCAACCUACAUCACCUUGGCACAGGAGCAUCCAUUUGACCGACACAUAGAGAUCAUUCUGCACCUCAGUGAACCUCACAGCCCUUUGGUCAUCAUAGAGCGAGGCCGGCUUUCAUUCAGCCAGUAUGAAGAGCAGAUGUACUCCCGUCUGGAUUUCAUUCGGUGCACUCGCAAAGAUUCGCAACCUGAGAGAAAGCUGGAGUUUGUGAGGAAGCGAUACCACAAGGACAUUCUGAGCAGCCCCGUCUUGAUGCUCAACUUCUGUCCCGACUUGCUGCGUGAACCUCUGGAGCUGCACAAAGCCACCAGGGAGCUGGUGUUCCUUGUUGACCGCAGCGGCAGCAUGAGCGGCACCAGCAUCCACCAUGUAAAGGACGCCAUGGUGGUGGCGUUGAAGAGCCUCCCUCCCGGCACGGUGCUCAACCUCGUGGGCUUUGGCACCACCAUCAAGCCUCUGUUCACCUCCAGCAAGCUCUGCACUGACGUCACUCUGAUGCAGGCAUUAGAGUACAUCCAGAGGAUGAGAGCCGACAUGCGAGGCACCAACCUGUUGGGGGCGCUAUCCUGGGUGUACCAGCAGCCAAUGCAGCGCUCAUAUCCUCGCCAGGUCUUCAUUAUCACUGAUGGAUCCAUCAACAAUGUGCCUAAAGUGCUGGAGCUGGUUCGAAGAAACACAUGCGCUGGCAGAUGCUUUGGCCUGGGCCUUGGUCCUCGAGCCUGCAGGAGACUCUUGCAGGGCGUUGCCAAACUGACAGGAGGGACUACAGAGUUCUUGGAUGAGGAGGAGAGACUUCAGCCCAAGUUAAUAAAGUCUCUGAAAAAGGCCUUUGAACCUGUGCUGACUGACGUACGGAUUGACUGGUAUCUGCCAGAAAACAUGGAGGCUUUUCUUUCACCCAAUGAAAUCCCUCCGCUCUACCCUGGGAAUCGUCUAAUCGGAUAUUGCACUCUAUAUGAUAUGACGAAUUUCAAAGCACAAAGGCCUGAGUCUCAAGGACGGGGCUAUCGAGGCGUCCAUCGUGGCUCCGCGGGUUCCGUUUUUGGACAGUCGAAUGAUGAGCUCUCACCUCCCACGGCCUCCGAGUUAAUGCCUGUGCUGACAUGUGCCGAUGGCACCAACCUGGACGAGGCGCAGGAGAUUUCCCGGGAAAUCUCCUCUGAGUUCUCCUGCGCCAAAAACAUAGAUCCUGGAAGCAGCCCAGGUGCGGAGCGAGACUGCUCCAGUGACGUGAGGAGGAGGAUCCAGGAGAGCUCAUAUGUCCAGGAGCAGUAUGUCCUUACUCGCUGCUCCCUCAGUAGUGAGCGGAGUCUACAAACACAGUCCCAUUCACACAUACACGCCUCCUCCAACUCGGACGCCGCAGGCGGGGUCUUUCUCCCUGAGCCUCACUCCUCCGGUUCAGUGCUGGAUACUGGUUCUCUGCCCCAAGGCCUUGAAAAGAUGCCCCCUGCAGAGCAGAGGUCAUCCCUGUCUCGCUGGGCGGACUCCGCAUGGCAGCAAAGCCUCUCAGCAGAACCAGAAAAGCAGAGUGGGCUUCUGGACGGACCCGAGGAGUCUCGCAGGUGCACUCUACUGCUCAACCAUGGUAGCUGGAGUUUCUCGUCCCCCAGGGUGAGGCCAGAUGCAUCACUUCAGGAGAGCUCUGGGUCUCAAACGCUAGAGUGGAGACUGACGGAAGCCGGAGGUAUGCCGCAUCACACACUGUCCCUGACUGACUCGAAUGGACUCCUGUUCCCUGCUUCUCCUUUGGACUGGGACAGCUUCACAGACCCAGAGUACCUGUUCACUGCCAUUCACGGCCUGCUGAGCGGAAGACCUGUGUCCUGGGAGGUCACCGUGGACCUGAGGCACCUCUGGACCCCCGAGGGCCAGGAGACGCCAGGAGUUGAGGCAUGCGGUGGAGGAGGAGGAGGAGUGGGUGAGGAAGAGGAAGAAGGAAAAGGAGGGGAAACAUGGGAUGAGAUCAUUCACCAACUGACCGCUCGCUCAGUUAUUAGGGACUUUGAGAAAAUGUCCGAGAAGGAGAGCGACUGUGGACACGGUUCAGCAAAGCGAUACCGCAUGAAGGCUAUCCAGACCAGCAGGCAUUGUAACAUCAUCUGCAUGUACACGGCCUUCACUGCCACUGAUAGCAACACCAACAAGGGCUUGCAGGACAUCCAAAACACAGGGAUCCAUUUGGGGAACAGCAGGAGUUCCCAAUCAGGGAGUCGCAGGCAGAGGGCGUAUUCGGCUGGUUUAGGCAGACGGCGCACCAGCAGAGACAGCGAACAGAUGGAGGACACCUGGAACUCUACAGACAGAGAUGACACCCCUGCCUCACCCUGUAGCCUUACACCCGGGGACUCGAGUGCAGCGCGCAGUGUGUACUCUGCUACAGCCCCGGCAACAACAGGCGCCUCAUGCACUCGCUCACGGCGAUCUAUCGAGAGCAAGUCAAUGGAGAGCUUCUUUGGCGCCAGAUUUCCACUGGGCCGACUCAGGUCCUCCAUUUCAUCAGGGAAGCAGGUUCCUCUCAAGUCCCACUGUCUGUCUGCAGAAACUGAGAAACAACCUGAAGCUGAAGCUCCAGACUACCUGCCGCUGGUGCAUCUGCAGCUGGCAUCGGGAGCUUUUCUUCUGACAGAGAUCUACUCUGACUGUGUCCAGAUCCCCCUGGACCGCCUGAAAAGGGCUUCCCCCUACAGCCUGCACCGCCGCAGUCUCAGCCCGCCAUUCCGCUGCACGUCUCCCAGCGCUCCUUCUUUAUCCACGUCGAACAAGCCUUCUGGUGCUCCCACGAGCCACCAUGUCACGUUUUCUCCCGCUUCAUGCUCCCUUGCCAAACCAACUGCCCCUCCUUUCCACCACACUCCGGAUGACACUCCCCUGAUGCUGGAACCAAGGCUACGCCGAAGACGCCCGUCGGACCGCGACCCCGUCACCUCACCCACUGACCUCCCCAGCUCCGAGGAGGGCUCCUUGGAGCUGUCCGUCGGACCCUCUCGGACACAGAGCCACGGCCAGGCAGAUAGUGGCCGUGGAUCAGAGACAGACGUAUGUGAAGGAUCCUCAAUAGAGCCAGCUGACCUGCAAGGGAGCAGCCAGUCGGCUCAAGAGGACAUCGAGGGCUCGAGCUGGGCCACGGCUGUGGCUCUAGCCUGGCUCGAGCACCGGUGUGCCGGCUACUUCAUGGAGUGGGAGCUGGUGGCAGCAAAAGCAGACUUCUGGCUGCGCGGUCAGGAGCUGCCCGAGGGAGUGGACCCGGCGGGGCUGAAGGGAGCUGCCAGACAGCUGUUCCUGCUGCUGCGCCACUGGGACGAGAACAUCAAGUUCAACAUGUUGUGUUAUAACCCCAACACUAUGUGAGACGGUGAUCGCUGAGGAAACGGAGUCCCAUCUACUAUUAGCAUUAGCAUUUAGUAGCACUGAUAACUCCUACAUAGAAGAGACAUCCUGUAUUUUAUCUGCAGGAUCAACUAAUACCAUAACCAGGUGCCAACUUCAUUCUCAUAUUAAGUUGCACAUGAUACUUUUUGUUUUCAAUUCAAGACUUUAUACUUGUCAAAAGAAUACCCUCAAAUCACAGACCAAGUGGCCUUUUAUCCUAAAUCUGUAUCUUGCUUUAUGCAAUCACAACAAUGCCUUGACCAUCUGAAUGGGCUUUUUGGAGUCUACAUGUCGUCAGUCACUUUGCCAAAUGUAUAAUCGCGAGAAUGAUGUUGAUUAUCAGGAUAAUUAUUUGAUGUACAAAUGAUAUCUAAUGAAAUGAAUGUUGGAAAAAUACAUUUAAAAAACCAAGUAGAAUUCAAUUUGUUGUAAUGUGUAACAAAAACAUACAUGAAAAAAUAAAAAUAAAUCAAGUUUAAGUGGCAUCUUUGUUUAAUAUAAAAUGUCAUGCGUUUGCCAUCUCAGUCAACUGACAGAUUUUCACAUUAAAUGUAGUGAUGCGAGCCACUCACAGAAGAUUAAUCAAUUAUGUCACAGAUCAGACCAAAACCCAUGAUUGUCUACAGCUUAGUUUUACACAUUUGUGUAAAAUUAUACAACUACUGGAAAAUAUUGUUGGCCUUGUACUGGAGAAUAUUGUAACUACUGUGGCAAGUGGAAACGCCGCAGCCUAUUGCCUGAUUGCUAUUAAUUCAAAGCUUUUGGUGCUACGUACAAGUUCUGUAACAGAUCAUAUCUGAUCAUUUUGUAUUAUAUCAGACCAUCAAGAAAAGGACAAAUA